AUGGAUCUGCAGUGCGGGUUGUGUGGUCAGCAGUACAGCCGGCCGAGGGUGCUGUCCUGUCUUCACACCUUCUGCCUGGCCUGUCUGGAGAGCCUCAUGAAGAGACAAGAUAGGGAGGGUGAGGUGUGCUGUGCAGUCUGCCAGCAGAGGACCCUUCUCCCCUCGUCCGACCCCUCAACCCUGCCCUCUGACCCCAUCGUCGAUGCGUUGCUUGAGGUGAAGUCGGUUGAGGCAGGUGCUGUCACCUGCACCAGCUGCGAGGAGAAUUCCUCAGCUGUGUGCCGCUGUCUUGACUGUGCUGCAUUUCUGUGCAGCAACUGCCAGGGGGCACACCGCUUCAUGAAGUGCUUCAAGUCUCACAGACUAGUUGAGUUGGAGAACCUCAGCAUCAGUGACUUGGCCUCUCCCCUGAAGCUGCUGACCUGUACCAAGCACACUGGGGAGUUCCUGGAGUUCUACUGUAACACCUGCGACGCUCUGGUAUGCUUGAAGUGCACGGCCAUCGACCACCGCAGGACGUCCCACCAGUAUGUGUACGUCAAGGACGCCGCGGCAGUCAUGAAGGAACGAAUGUUGUAUCUGCUUGAGAAUGGCAGGAAAAGAUCUGAAGAGGUCAGAGUUCAGCUUUUACGAAUGGAGGAGAAGAUCGAUCAUGUGGAAGUGGAGAAAAUGAAAGUCAAGGGAGAGGUUGAUAAGGUGUUUCACACAUUGCUGUCCAAGCUGGAGGACAGACAGGAGGAAAUGUGCAAGGAGGUGGAGACCCUGUACCUCAGACAGAAGCAGUUCCUCAACAAACAGGGCAAGUCCCUGCAGUUAGAUGAAGAGAGACUGCAGGCAGGUACCAGGUUUGUGGAGAAGUUGAUGACGUACGGCAGCACCUCGGACCUGCUGACCUGUGGGAAACUGGUCACCUCUCAAUUCGACCUCCUCUUCAAGCAGUGUCCAGGCAAUGAUAUGAAGAGCUCAGGAGCAGUGGGUGUGUCCGUGGACUACCAUGCCUUCGGUAACCUCCUCAGCAGGAUCCAGAUCCAGAUCAAGACUGUGCCCAAGAUCGAAGUCAGCAGCCCGGUAACCAAGGUAGUAUGCUCAGCUGUGGGUGAGCCCUACGGGGCAGAGUCUGCCAGUGCUGAAGUCACAACCCCACCACCAAAGGAGCAGUUCAGCCCAAGCUCCAGCAGAAGCAAUCUAUCAGAAGAGAGGAAAGGGAGUGACAGUGCACAAAUGGACGUUACAGAGCUACACAAAGUGGGUUCUUUUGGAAAAAGAGAGAAUGCUGGAGACUGUCCCUACCUCACCUGUGUUGCAGUCGGUGCAAAUGGAAAUAUUUAUGCACUGGACAUGUACAAAUCUGUUGUGCAGGUGUUUGACAAAGAAGGAAAGUAUUGUUUCAACAUCGGAGGUCGUUUCCAGGCCCCUGGUCGACUGGAGAAGCCCGUUGAGCUGGCCACGUCCAGUAAGGGCUACAUCGCCGUACGGGAGAGCAACGGCCGCGUGCAGAUCUUCUCCGACACCGGGCAGUUCAUCUUCAAGUUCCAGCUGCUCAGGGUGCAAAGGCCACGGAAUAUGGCCAUCGACAGGAAGGGGCGGUUCCUGGUGGGGGAUGUGGGGACUGACCGCUGCCCGCACGGGGUGGUCAUCUACAGCUCCGAUGGCAAACUGCUCAGAAAGGUUCUUUGCCCGGAGAUCACUAAGCUGUCUGCGUACACAUCCAGCCUGGCGAUGUCCGCCCAGAACCAUCUGCUAGUGGUGGAUCACCGCGCCCACUGCAUCCAGGUGUACAGCGAGGAGGGAAACCACCUGCGCACCAUCUACCCACGUGGCAGCCGGAUCUACAUGAGGGGCAUCAUCGUGAACCAGAACAAAAUCAUCCUCGUCACCAGUGAGAAAGUCAGGAACAAUAUGUAUUGUGGUGGGCUGGUGGUCAUGGCCAAGGACGGCACUGUGUUAGACAAGUUCAAGUUUCCUGAGAAGCAGCCCGUUGUGCAUGUGGCACUGACACAAGAUGGUUGUCCUUUGGCUAUUCUACAGGGGAACUCAGAUAUCUGUGUGUAUGGAUCCAUCUACAGCAAGUAGCUGGUAGACAUCUCAUUAACGUUGACUCAUCAGAGCAAAGAUGGCAACUUGUAUGUCACAAGAAGAGUAAAGGUGGAAGAAUCUGUGACAAGAAUUUGAUUAUACUCAGGAACUAAACCAGACAUUGGUAUCAGGAUAUUAUGUUAUUACACUUGCCUAAGGUAUGGCAAGUCUAUAGAUUGGAUAAACAAACUUACUACAGAAAGUGUAGUAUAAAACUUUGGUUUAGGAAGUGUGCCUGCUUUGGCAACAUUAAAUUUGAGGUCUGAUAAACAUGUUAAGAAAGAUGACGUGUGCCAAAAGAAUCAUUCAAGUCAGAAACAUUCUGAAUCCCUAAGUAAUCAUAAUAUGACGAUUAUACUAGUAUUUGAUUUAUGUUUCUUGUCCAACACAAAUGUGGCAAACCAUGUAUCAUUAACCCAAGGAUAGGGAAAAUUUUGUCUGAAAAGUUUGUUUAUUGAAACUGCACUGAACAGUUUGAAACGAUUUUAACAUUUCUUGUUAGGAAGGUUCUGCAGAUUUUGCAAUGAUUUGAAAUUUGGUGGAUAUGGAUAAAAGGCAUCAUACUCUGCAAUUGUGCUGCGAAAUUUGAGUAGUAAACCUUAAUUUUGGAUGACUUAUUCAUUACCUGUUGCGUUUACUUAUGGUGUGCAUUCGUUAUGUUCUUCAGAGUUGUCCUGAUACUACAUCUGGUACAGAUCUUUUGUUGAUCUGGAAAAAUGUAAAUCAUAUUCACAAGAAAACUUUUCUACUACUUUUUUACUUAGCUA